GCGCAGUUGGCGUGGCGCAUGCGUAGAGGUGCGCGGGGAGCGCGGCGCGGGGGGUGCUGCUGAGCCCCGGACAGCUGGAGGGGUAAACAGGGGAGGGGGCGGGGGGCACGGCCGGGGCCUAGGCCAGGCCGCGCCUCAGGGCCCUGCCCGCUCCCCGGGGACGGUGCCCGGCGCCUGCGGGGUCUCCCCCGGCACCUACCGCUCUCCUCGGUCCCGCUCUCCCCGCCCCGACCCUGCAUGGAUGGAGCCUCACAACUUCCAGCGCCCGCUGAGCCCGCACCCGGCAGGCCUGACAGGUAACUAAAUGCCCUCGGUGUGGCUCCCUGCUCUGCUGGCAUGCUUGGAUGCACAGCAGCUCCUCCAGUAGCUUCUCUUCGUCCGCCUGGCUGCAGGAAGAUGGCAAAAGCAAACAUCACCAGAGACCUCAUCCACAGGCAGAUCAAGGAGAGGGGAGCGCUGGGCUUCGAGCGGCACUACCACGUCACGGAUCCCUUCAUCCGCCGCCUGGGGCUGGAGGCAGAGCUGCAGGGUCACUCUGGGUGUGUCAACUGUCUAGAAUGGAAUGAAAAAGGAGACCUGCUGGCCUCCGGCUCCGAUGACCAGCACACCAUCGUCUGGGAUCCCCUGCACCACAAGAAGCUGCUCUCCAUGCACACCGGGCACACCGCAAACAUCUUCUCCGUCAAGUUCCUGCCGCACUCGGGGGACCGGAUCCUGAUCACCGGGGCUGCGGACUCCAAGGUGCACGUGCACGACCUGACGGUGAAGGAGACCAUCCACAUGUUCGGGGAUCACACCAACAGGGUGAAGCGGAUCGCCACGGCCCCGCUCUGGCCCAACACCUUCUGGAGCGCGGCCGAGGAUGGCCUCAUAAGGCAGUACGACCUGCGGGAGAGCAGCAAGCGCUCCGAGGUGCUGAUCGACCUCACCGAGUACUGCGGGCAGCUGGUGGAGGCCAAGUGCCUGACAGUGAACCCCCAGGACAACAACUACCUGGCCGUGGGGGCCAGCGGCCCCUUCGUGCGGCUCUACGACAUCCGCAUGAUCCACAACCACAGGAAAAGCAUGAAGCAGAGCCCCUCAGCUGGGGUGCACACCUUCUGUGACCGGCAGAAACCUCUCCCCGAUGGGGCAGCCCAGUACUACGUGGCAGGGCACCUGCCUGUCAAGCUGCCAGACUACAACAACCGCCUGCGGGUCCUGGUCGCCACCUACGUCACCUUCAGCCCCGACGGCACCGAGCUGCUGGUCAACAUGGGAGGGGAGCAGGUCUAUUUGUUUGACCUGACCUACAAGCAGCGCCCAUACACCUUCCUGCUGCCCAAGAAGUGCCACGCUGCAGGGGAGGUGCAGAACGGGAAGACCUCCACCAACGGCGUGUCCAACGGCAUCCACCUGCACAGCAACGGCUUCCGCCUGCCCGAGGGCAGGGCCCACGGCAGCCCCCAGGUGGAGCUGCCUCCCUACCUGGAGAGGCUCAAGCAGCAGGCCAACGAGGCCUUUGCCUGCCAGCUCUGGACCCAGGCCAUCCAGCUGUACAGCAAGGCCGUGCAGCAGGCCCCCAACAACGCCAUGCUCUACGGCAACAGGGCUGCGGCCUACAUGAAGCGCAAGUGGGAUGGGGACCAUUAUGAUGCUCUAAGAGACUGCUUGAAGGCCAUCUCCCUGAACCCGUGCCACCUGAAGGCACACUUCCGCCUGGCACGCUGCCUCUUUGAGCUCAAGUACGUGGCAGAGGCCCUGGAGUGCCUGGAUGACUUCAAGGGGAAGUUUCCAGAGCAAGCCCACAGCAGUGCCUGCGACGCCCUGGACAGAGACAUCAACGCAGCUCUCUUCUCCAAGAGUGACAAUGCUGAAGAGAAGAAAGGGGGAGGCCCCAUCCGGCUGCGAGCCGCCGGCCGCAAGGACUCCAUCUCCGAGGACGAGAUGGUGCUGCGGGAGCGCAGCUACGACUACAAGUUCCGCUACUGUGGCCACUGCAACACCACCACCGACAUCAAGGAGGCCAAUUUCUUCGGCAGCAACGCUCAGUACAUAGUCAGCGGCUCGGACGAUGGCUCCUUCUUCAUCUGGGAGAAGGAAACCACCAACCUGGUCAGGGUGCUGCAGGGAGAUGAGUCCAUUGUGAACUGCCUCCAGCCUCAUCCCAGCUACUGCUUCCUGGCCACCAGCGGCAUCGACCCAGUGGUGCGGCUGUGGAACCCCAGGCCGGAGAGCGAGACCCUGAACGGCCGCGUGGUGGUGGACAUGGAGGGGGCGUCGCAGGCCAACCAGCGGCGGAUGAACGCAGACCCCCUGGAGGUGAUGCUGCUCAACAUGGGCUACAGGAUCACAGGGCUGACCAGCGGCGGCGCCGGCGGCUCCGACGACGAGGACAGCUCAGAGGGGCAAGUCCAGUGCCGGCCCAGCUAAGGCAGAGCUGCCUCUCCCUCCUCUCGGUGUUUGGCCGGAAGGGAACUGAGUUUCCUUGGCCCUGGACUGUCUGCACUGCCCCCUCUGUGCCCAGGGCAGGACGAGCUGGCAGGGGCAGGAGCAGCUGGCUCCAGACCCUCCUCGCCGCCGCCUCCUCCU